AUGGAUUUCUCCUUUGAUCUCACGUCCCGUGUUCCUACGGUGGCAGCGUUGCUUCUGGCUCUUUUCGUCGGUAAAAUAGUAAGCGGACUGUUGACAAGCAAGAAGAAGAAGAGACUUCCACCAGUUGCAGGAACUAUUUUCCACCAGCUCAUCAACUUCAAGAGGCUGCAUGAUUUCAAUACUGAACUCUGCCACAAAUACAAAACCUACAGGCUUCUUACUCCCACAAACAAGCAGGUCUACACUUCGGAUCCUGCAAAUAUUGAGUAUAUUCUUCGAACCAAUUUCAACAACUAUGGCAAGGGAUCAUUCAACUAUGAAAACAGCAGUGACCUCUUUGGAGAUGGAAUAUUUGCAGUAGAUGGUGACAAAUGGCGCCAUCAAAGAAAGAUAGCAAGCUAUGAAUUCUCAACAAGAGUCCUCAGAGAUUUCAGCAGUACAGUGUUCAAAAUAAAUGCAGCCAAACUAGCUCAAAUAAUCUCUGAGAUAUCUAACCGUAAAGAAGUAAUAGACAUACAGGAUUUGUUCAUGAAAUCAACUAUGGAUUCGAUAUUUAAAGUUGGGUUUGGCAUAGAGUUGAAUAGUUUGCAAGGAUCAGAAGAAGGAAAUCGAUUCUCCAAUGCUUUUGAUAGGUCUAGUAGUCUGAUACUACUACGAUAUGUUGAUCCAUUUUGGAAGAUCAAGAAGUAUUUCAACAUUGGAUCAGAAGCAGAACUUAAAAAACACAUUAAAAUUGUCAAUGAUUUUGUUUACAAAUUGAUCAAUGUCAAGAUUGAAAACCCCCAGAAUCCAGAAAUCGACUCUGUGAAGAAAGAAGACUUGUUAUCUAGAUUUCUAGCGGAAAUGGAAAAGGAUCCAGAAAAUAUGACACACAAGUAUUUGAGAGAUAUAAUUUUGAAUUUUCUUAUCGCUGGAAAAGACACUACUGCUGGGACAUUAUCCUGGUUUAUUUACAUGUUGUGCAAGAAUCAGCAGAUACAAGACAAGGUUGCUUGUGAAGUGCAAGAAGCAACUGAAAAUGAUAAAGAUACAAACUUUGGAGAUUUCUCGAACCUUCUGACUGAUGAAGUCGUAGACAAGAUGCAGUAUCUUCAUGCAACCAUAACAGAGACACUGAGAUUGUUUCCAUCAGUUCCUUUGGAUUCGAAAGUUUGCUUCUCAGAUGAUACUUUGCCCGAUGGUUUUGACACAGAAAAGGGGGAUGUUGUGUUUUACAUGCCUUAUGCAAUGGGUAGAUUAACAUAUUUAUGGGGUGAAGAUGCAGAAGUUUUUCGACCAGACAGAUGGAUUGAUGCAAACGGGUACUUUCAACCUGAAAGUCCUUUCAAAUUUACUGCAUUUCAGGCUGGUCCAAGGAUAUGUUAA